AUGCCUUCAUAUUUCAUGCCCGUUUGCAUUUUGCAUUGCAAUUUGCAUUACACUUCGCAGACACGAGUAAAUUUGUGCUAAAGAAUCCUCAUUUAUAGCAAAAUUAAUAUUAAAUAAAAGAUGGUUGCGAGAGUGGCCGGUGUUUUCGAUGAGAAACUAACUGAAGCUAUCGCUAAUUCAAAAAUAUUGGUUGUCGGUGCCGGCGGCAUAGGUUGUGAAAUCUUGAAGAAUCUUGUGCUUACCGGUUUUCCGCAGAUAGAAAUUAUUGAUCUGGACACAAUAGAUGUGAGCAAUCUCAACCGCCAAUUCCUGUUCCACAAGGAGCAUGUCGGGAAGUCGAAGGCCCAGGUGGCAAAGGACAGUGCACUCAGCUUUAAUCCCAAUGUUAAUAUAGUUGCACAUCAUGACAGUGUUAUAAGCAAUGACUACGGGGUAUCAUACUUCAAACAGUUCAACAUUGUGAUGAAUGCCCUCGACAACCGUGUAGCACGGAACCACGUCAAUCGGAUGUGUCUCGCUGCUAAUGUGCCUCUGAUUGAGACUGGCACGGCCGGUUAUGCUGGACAGGUGGAACUCAUCAAGAAAGGGCUGACCCAAUGCUACGAGUGCCAGCCAAAGGCCCCACAGAAGUCAUUCCCCGGCUGCACUAUUCGUAACACACCAUCUGAGCCGAUACACUGCAUUGUGUGGGCUAAACAUCUGUUCAACCAGUUGUUUGGGGAAGAGGACCCCGAUCAGGAUGUCAGUCCGGAUACAGCAGACCCUGAGGCUGCAGGAGAUGCAGGAUCUUCGGCGUUGUCUUCUGAAGGAACUAACUCUGGCAAUGUGGAACGCAAAAGCACAAGAGCGUGGGCAGCUGAAACAAACUAUGAUGCUGAGAAGUUGUUCACUAAAUUGUUUGGCGACGACAUACGCUACUUGCUCUCUAUGGAAAACUUGUGGAAGAAACGCAGGCCGCCCACGCCGCUGUCGUGGCCCGACGCGGCCGCGACGGCGCCCCCGCCGCCGCCGCGCGCGGGGCUGCCGGACCAGCGCGUCUGGCCGGUCCACGAGUGUGCACAGGUGUUCGCGGCGAGCUGCGCGGCGCUGCAGGCCGAGUUGAGGAGUCGGGCGGCGGGCGACCACCUCGUGUGGGACAAGGACGACAAGAGUGCCAUGGACUUCGUCACCGCUUGCGCCAACAUCCGCGCGCACAUCUUCAAUAUUCCUCUCAAAUCACGCUUCGAGAUCAAAUCAAUGGCGGGCAACAUAAUCCCGGCCAUAGCGACAGCCAACGCGAUAGUGGCCGGGCUGGCGGUGGUCCGCGCUCAGGCCAUACUCAGGUGCGACAUCGAGAGCUGCUCCAGCGUGUAUCUGCGGCCGAAGGUCAACCACCGCGGGCAGCUGUUUGUGCCUGAAAAAACCCUCACCCCACCGAACCCGAAAUGUUACGUCUGCGCGCCGAAGCCAGAAGUGGGGCUCGCUUGUAACCUGAAGCAACUCACUCUCAAAGACCUCACCUCCGCUUUCAAAGAGGGACUGAACAUGCAAGCGCCCGACGCCACCGUCGAAGGCAAGGGCCUUGUGGUCCUUUCAUCAGAACCAGGGGAAACGGACCACAAUAACGAUAAAACUCUUGAAGAAAUAGGCCUGAACGACGGCUGUGCUCUACUCGUGGACGAUUUCCUCCAAAACUACGAAGUUAGAGUCCGGCUUCAACAAGAAGAUGAAGAAAAAUCUUGGCGGUUAGUCACAGAGAGUGAUGCCCCAGUGCCAACCCCGAAAGAGGACGAAAAACCAGCAAAUGGGUCCAAUGGUUCCAAUGAACCCAAACCUGGUCCAUCCAGGUCUAAGGAAGACAGUGACAGCGAUAUGGAGAUCAUUGAGGAGGAUGAAGAUGAACCGACAGUGAAGCCACCGAAACGCAGGCGCACAGAAAUGAGUGACGAAGUUGUCGAACUUUGUUAGUACCUAAAAAUCCUGGCCAUCCCAGCCAUUAUACUAAUAUUCCAUUAUCUAAUAACUGAAUGACAGACGUAUUUUAUAAAAGUAUUUCAAUUUAUCGAAUUAUAGCAAAAAAAUUCGUUCUAAUAAGUUAAAAUCUGUAGAUUCUCAAUUCAGAGUGAUAUUUAUAAGAACAACUAUUUUUUUCGACGUAGUUUAAGUGAUUCUUGUACGGAAAUAUUCUCAUUGUCGUAAAUAAAUUAAAUAAAUUCAAA